UGAUGAAACAAAUAAAUGAAAUUAAUCUGAUAUAAAAGUUGACAAAUUGUGUAUACACGCUAUAGAUACACGACGAGAAAGGAACAGCUGCGAGUCGCGGUUUCUUUCGAUUUCUCUCGUUUCCCGAAGUUCACAUCCUGAAUAAUUAUAUAGAUGAAUUGAUUGUACACUAAAUAGCAUCUGAUAACCGUUUUCAAAAUGCACUGGCAAUUUGGCGGAAACCUGGAACCCGUACAAAUGAUUUGUGAAGUCGACUGGAAGGAAUGCCCUAAAGCAAUCGCAAAUUACAUUUGGGACGAGAUCGUAACCGAUGUCCUCGACUGCUUGAACAACGAAAGCAUAAUCUGGCGGGUACAGAGAAUUAUUAUUAUUGAAUUGAAACGAAUUAGAGCGACUUAGAGGUUUAUGAACAUAGCGAUCAGGUAAGUU